AUGGCCAGCAUCCUUGACUUUCUGAGCGGCGGCCACGACGAUGGCGAAACCCCUUGCAAAAACGACUGUUGUCAUUCCCUCGCAAGCUUUGAGACCAAGAUCUACGGCUUCACUCUCCAGCCUUCCGAGGACGUAUAUCAAGAGCGCGUGGCCGCCUUUCGCUUCAAACCCUUCCCCGAGUCCAAUCGUCCACGAAUCACAACGGCGGAAAAGUAUGUGCAUCCAGUACUGGACAUCUUUCACACAUAUCUUGCGGGCGAGAGCUGCUUCAAGUUCACAUCUGAGGAUGAAACUUUCACAGAUCGGGACUGUGUUCGCAUUCACAAAAUCAACGACAAUAACAGGGAGUUGCAUAUAGUCCUUCAUUUCAUGUCUCCAGGGCAAAUAUGUUGGGCGGGAAUUCUUCCUCCUCGCGAGACCGUCGAGUGUUCGUUGAUGAACGACUUCUUCGAGCACUUCAAGAAGACUUUUCUUCCAGAGAACCCAAGAUUUUUUCUCAUCAGCGAUGGACAGGGGAUCAUCGUUCUCAAGUCCAUUACCCAGCACAUUGUCCGAAUGGUCUAUACCUGGCUGUCCCCUGCCGCAAACGGCUCUCAUUCUCUACGCCAUAUACUUUGUCUCCUCCUCUGUCAAAUGCCAGAUCCCUCGAAUCACCCGACAGUCUUCAAUCCUAUUCCCUGGAGAAAGCAUUUUCAUGGCGCCAUGAAUCUACAGAAUGAUCCCGACCAGGCUAUCUCUCCUCCUCUGAAACCCUCUCGAUUGAAGGAUUUCGAUCGAUUCACUCUCCAACGCAGCUUCGCUGAUUUGGAAGGUCUUCUCGAUUGGAAAGACGAAGAGUCGCAACGACUUUCUGAACGGCCCCUGGUGCCAGGAACGUCACUUUCCGUCAGCAUCGACGCGUUCCGGCUCGAGGAAAGCUUGUGGCGCUGUCCGUUUCCGAAUCCGCCUAUCCAGGCAACGACGAGAAAGUAUGUUGGACGUAAUCCACGGCCUCGUUUAGUUGCGGUGGACCAAAUUCUUGUUUCCGGCCAGACUCUGGAUUUUCGAGUGACCAAGGUAGUCCGCCACCAGUCCGACUCGUUUUCGCAAGUGUUUCUCGGAGUACUGUACAAUCUGGACGGUGUCGAAUCUCCAACGAUAUGUCUUAAAUUGUUCGUGGACGCCUUGUUUCCUGUGGACGAGGAUUUUUUAUGUGAUGACUUCGACAAACGGCAGCCACGCUUCCGGUUGUCCUCUCUUCAUUACGCGGAAGAUCUGGUUAGACGGGAGGAGGCGGCGUAUGACCGGCUCAAGGAGCAUCAGGGGAGCUUGAUACCCCAUUGUUACGGCUUUCAUCGAUUCACGGUGAAGGACUCGAUUGAUGCCUAUGGCGUUCUGCUUGAAGUCAUCCCUGGGCCAUCUCUCGGGAAAGCCGAGCCUUCCGCAUGGGACGAAGACGUGCAGCGAUCCUUUAUACGUCACCUUCGCGAGUGCCAACGUGCUCUAUUGUAUGCAGGAGUCGACCAGGGCGACUACCACGGCGAACAGAUAUUGCUCCCCGCCGGCCCUGGAUAUCGGCCAGAGACAGACAGUAUAGUCUUGAUUGACUUCGCAUUCGCGGUUCAGAGGUUUGGCGACGAGCAGCUCCUGGGCGUUGCAGCCACUUUGAUGAAGAAAGGCAAGGGGAGACUCUUGUCCCUGUUGAUGACCCCAUGGGGGAUGCGGGAGAGGGUGAUGAUGGAUACAGCGCUGCACCUAUUUUCAGACUGGUCUAUGCAGAUGAACGAGUGGUAG